AAUCUAACUCCAAAAAUGACACAACUUCCCGCAGAGCGCAUUUCACUUGCUGCUCGUGUUCCGGAACUUUUGUUUCUACCCGGCUAUGUUGUUUCACGGUAUAGAAUUGCCAACGUACCGCAUUUUAUUUUUGUGCGAGCCGCCGUGAACGAGUCACGUGUGUGUGAUAACUUUCACAACAUGCCUAAGAUACAAAAAGGCAAAGGACAAACUGAGAAGAAAGCUAUCCAUCCAUAUAGCAGGAAGGCAGCUCAGAUUGCUAGAGGGAUUCACCAACAGGAGAAAAAGGAUAGGCAAAAGAAUGAGAAGGCAGUUCGUCUCAGUUCUAUAGGUGAAAAAUUGCUAUGGUUUCAGAGUCAGCUUCAUCCUGAUAAAUCAGUAUAUUCUAAGAAAGAAGCUUGUGAAAUCAUAGAAAGAUAUCUGCAUCGAUUUGACAAUGAACUUGAACAGAUAGAACUGGUGAAUAGCAUUAAAGGAAGACAAGGGCGACAGCACAGUGCCCGAGAGGAUGUAAUCAAGCAUACUAUGGAACGGGAGAGAAUGCUGUACGAAGGAUAUGGAAUAGAAAUACCUGAUAUUUUAAAUGGUAAACAUCUGAAGAUUUUUCGGGAAUGGAACGGAGAUUUACAGAAGCUGCCAAAUAUUAAAAUGAGAACAUUUUCAUCCCAAAGUUGGAAAUGUGAUGUGAAACAAUGUACCAAAGAAGAUGAAGAGGAGGAUUUAACAACUCAAAUAGAAGAUAAUUCAGAAUCUGAGCCUGCUAGUAGUUAAAGCAGUUAAUUUAUGGACUGAGUAAAUUCUCAUUCUUUAAUACAGGCUAUUGAACUAAAAUGCUUUGAUAACAAAACUGUUACAGAUUGAAUAGUAUUUUUUUGUAGUUAUAAGGACUGUUGAAAAAAAUAAAUAUUUAAUCUAACAAAAAAUGUUCAAAAUACCAAAUCUUGUAAAAUGAUGUAAGUGCAAAACAAACAGAAGCAAACUCGUCACUGAAAACAUUUUGUUUUCCUUAACGGCCGAUGCAGUUCUGCUCCAAUUAACAACUAUUGCAUAUUAUAGAGUUAGUUCACUUUUAACAUGAAAGGAAAAAAUGUAAUUAAGAUUUACAUACAAAUAAAAAUUUUAUUAUUUAACAUUUCA